AUGUUUCCAAAUAUGAUUCCAAUCAAGGCAGCUGCUCUAGCCAUCCUUUUCGCCAGCCCAGUACUUUCUGGACCGGUUGACUCCCGACAAGCCUCUGCGAGCAUUGAUGCCGUUUUCAAAGCUCAUGGGAAGAAAUACCUGGGAAAUAUUGGUGAUCAGGGUACCUUUAGCAAGAAUGCGAAGACCCCGGCAAUCAUCAAGGCCAACUUCGGUCAGCUAACCCCAGAGAAUAGCAUGAAGUGGGAUGCUACUGAGCCAUCUCAGGGGAAGUUCUCCUUCGCGGGGGCAGACUAUCUGGUCGACUUUGCCGUGUCAAACGAGAAACUGAUCCGUGGCCAUACUCUCGUGUGGCACUCUCAGCUCCCAGGUUGGGUCAACUCCAUCACAGACAAAGCGACCCUCAUCGAUGUGAUGAAAAAUCAUAUUACCACGUUGAUGACCCGUUACAAGGGCAAGAUCUACGCCUGGGACGUUCUGAAUGAAAUUUUCAACGAGGAUGGUACCCUUCGUGACAGUGUCUUCCAGAGGGUUAUCGGUGAAGACUAUGUGCGGAUCGCUUUCGAAACAGCUCGUGCUGUCGACCCAAAUGCCAAGCUCUACAUCAAUGACUACAACCUGGACUCCGCCACCUAUCCUAAAUUGACGGGUAUGGUCGCCCAUGUCAAGAAAUGGGUUGCUGCUGGUAUCCCAAUCGACGGAAUCGCUCUUGAUGCUCUAGCCAGUGCAGGAACAAAGGAGGUCGCUGUCACUGAGCUUGAUAUUGAAGGCGCCAGCUCUACUGACUAUGUCAAUGUUGCCAACGCUUGCCUGAAGCAGCCAAAGUGUGUCGGAAUCACAGUUUGGGGAGUUGCUGACCCAGAUUCAUGGCGCGCUGACAAGAACCCCUUGCUUUUCGACGGAAACUACAACCCUAAGGAUGCAUACAAUGCUAUCGCAGGCCUUUAG